GUAGUUGUAAUCCAUGUCCAGAGACUGUAGAUGUGAAAUGCAACUGUGGAAAAACUGUCAUUCAAGUGCCCUGUGGCAGAGAGCGCACCAUCAAACCUCCCAGAUGCAAACAGCUCUGCAGUCGACCACCUACCUGUCACCACUCCACCCAGGAGAAACACUACUGUCACUUUGGUCGGUGUCCUCCGUGUCGUCAGUCCUGCCAGAAAACGUUAGCGUGUGGUCAUUUGUGCCCUGUUCCCUGCCACGAUGAAGCACUUGUGAAGCAAACUGGCUUACAUCAGUCUGCAGGUCCUUGGGAACAGCCGUCCGAGCCAGCUUUUAUUCAGACUUCAUUACCAUGCCCUCCCUGUGUGGUUCCUAUACCAGUGGAAUGUCUUGGGCAGCAUGAGGUCAGUCCAUUACCAUGUCACUCUGCAAAUCCUUACUCAUGUAAAAGAUUUUGUGGGCGGCUUCUUGAUUGUCAGAAUCACACCUGUAUGAAGGAAUGUCAUCAGGUUACCAAACUGAACAGUACUGCAGAUGGAAGAAAGGCAGGUCCAGAAUGUUUGCAGUGUGAAGAGGAGUGUACCAAGCCCCGGCCAUCUGGCUGUCCUCACCGAUGUGUUCUGCCCUGUCAUCCUGGGGAUUGCCCGUCCUGUCUCCAGAUGGUUAAAAUAAAGUGUCACUGCAAACUAUCAGUACUGUAUAUCGAAUGCUUAAAAUUAACAUGUGCUGAUUUAAAAGAAAAGGAGCUUCUUAUUUCCUGCAAAAAUCAGUGUCCAAAAGAG